AUGCUGAAGCAAGCACUUUGUCUUCUUUUGGUCCUUGUGGCUGUGACAGUCGCUCGCCAGAGAAAUGGCGAGGCCGUCGAGUUUGAGAGAGGAGUUCCUCCAGUCAGAACAUCUGUCUUGGACGAAUAUCGUGAUCGAGUGAUUUCUAAGGAAGCUGAAGAACUCGAAGGACAAGAACUCAUUGAUUAUGUUAAUAGAAACCAAAAUAUCUGGAGAGCCAAGAAGAACCGUCGUCUUUCUAAACUCUCUGAGAGAGCUAGAUAUGGUAUGAUGGGAGUCAACAACGUCAGGCUGUCCGUUAAAGCUAAGCAACACCUUUCUGCGACCCGUGAUUUAGAUGUUGCCAUCCCAGAGCAAUUCGAUUCCCGUGAGGAAUGGCCAAACUGUGGAUCUAUCAAGCAAAUCCGCGAUCAAAGCAGCUGUGGAUCAUGCUGGGCUUUCGGAGCUGUUGAAGCUAUGUCUGACCGUAUUUGUAUUGCCAGCAACGGGGAAAUACAAGUUUCUUUAUCAGCUGAUGAUCUUCUCUCUUGCUGUCAUUCCUGUGGAUUCGGAUGCAAUGGAGGGGAUCCUUUAUCAGCCUGGAAAUACUGGGUUAAGGAUGGAAUCGUUACUGGAUCCAAUUUCACCGCCCAAGAAGGAUGCAAGCCUUAUCCCUUCGCUCCUUGUGAACAUCAUUCUACCAAGCAUCACUUCACUCCAUGCAAACAUGAUCUUUACCCUACUCCAAAGUGUGAGAAAAAGUGUGUGACUGGCUACACCGACAGAACAUAUUCUGAGGACAAGUUCUUUGGACGUAGUGCUUAUGGAGUUGCUGAUAACGUUGAAGCUAUCCAAAAAGAGAUUAUGACUCAUGGACCAGUUGAAGCUGCUUUCGAAGUCUAUGAAGACUUCCUUGCCUAUUCUGAAGGUGUUUAUGUCCAUACUGCCGGAAAGCUUGGUGGUGGACAUGCUGUGAAGAUUAUUGGAUGGGGAGUUGAUGAGGGUAUUCCAUAUUGGCGUAUUGCUAACAGCUGGAACACUGACUUUGGAGAAGACGGAUUCUUCCGUAUCCUUAGAGGAGUUGACGAAUGUGGAAUUGAAUCAGGAAUCGUUGGUGGAGUACCAAAACUCAAUACAAUUCCACCCAGAAGAUAUGGAAAGAAGAGCAUCAAUUAUGAAAAUGAUGACUUUUUCUUUUAA